AUGGAAAUGGACAGCCAUUUUUUUCAUCAAGUCCUUUGUCUUCCAUCAGCUUUUGCAACACAAUUGAUCACACCAGAUUUGUCAGGUGCUACGGCCACCAAAACAAAAACUCAAGUGACCAACAACUCAGGUGUGACACCCUUUGGACUGUGCGGUGCCUGGGUGAAAGAGCCUGACGGGGGCUAUUUCACCUCACCCAACUACCCACAGAAAUACCCACCCGAGAGGGAAUGCAUCUACAUUAUAGAAGCAUCCCCCCGCCAGUGCAUCGACUUGUUUUUCGAUGAAAAGUAUUCCAUUGAGCCAUCUUGGGAGUGCAAGUUUGAUCACAUCGAGGUCCGCGAUGGGCCCUUUGGCUUUUCACCCAUUAUAGGACGCUACUGUGGGCAAGAAAGUCCCAUGUAUGUUCGCUCGACUGGGAGGUAUCUGUACAUCAAAUUUGUAGCUGAUGGAGAGCUGGAGGCUAUUGGUUUCUCAGCCCGAUACAACUUCACACAAGAUCCUGAGUUUAAAGAUUUGGGGGAAUUGCCAGCAUUGCCACUUUGCGAGUUUGAGCUGAAUGGGCCAGAAGGCUUUGUGGAAUCAAUUCAGAUAACCAGGGAGAAACAGGCCCUACUGACGGAGGCUGUGGACUGCAGGUGGUUUGUCCGGGCCCCGCCAAAAGCUAAGAUCUACAUGCGCUUUCUGGAGUAUGAGAUGCACAACUCCAAUGAGUGCAAGCGUAACUUUGUCGCCAUUUAUGAUGGCAACAGUUCAGUUGAGCACUUGAAGAAUAAAUUCUGCUCCACGGUUGCCAAUGACGUCAUGCUUACAUCCUCUUUGGGUGUGGUAAGACUGUGGGCAGAUGAGGGAAGCAGGAAAAGCAGAUUCAAGAUCCUGUUUACAACUUUCCUUGACCCUCCAUGUGAAGGAGACACUUUCUUUUGCCAUAGCAACAUGUGCAUCAACCACACGCUAGUCUGCAACGGCAUCCAGAACUGUGUCUAUCCAUGGGAUGAGAAUCACUGUAAAGAGAAACGGAAACCAAGUAUUUUGGAUUCUCUGGAUAAUACUAACAUCACUAUUAUUGCUGUGACCUGUGGCCUGGUUGUCAUCCUGCUCAUCAUCUCUGUCAUCAUCCAGGUCAAACAGCCUCGUAAGAAGUACAUUAUCCGCAGAGAUGACUUCGAUCCCGCCCUCCUCCAUCCAGGGCUUGAGCCGCCACACUAUGAGCUCUGCACUUUACGACAUGUCCCUUCAGGUGACCUAACUGAUGCCGCAUUGUGUGAGGAGUUCGACAAGUCCCACAAGCUGCAUCGAUCCUCCUCCAAAUGCAUUCGUGACCACCACUGUGGAUCACAACAGGGAAGUAUGCAUGGCAGUGUCCAAGGUAGCCGCAGCAACCUGAGUAUGAGAGAGGCCACUAUUGACCCUGAUUGUGGGGCACUUGUGCCACAGCUACCUGGAGGGAUAGUAAGCCAGCAGUCACCACGGCUCUCUCACCACAUGACCCCAGCUGGUCACAGGAACAUCUUAGUGAUGAAGCACAGUUAUUCUCAAGAUGGAGGUAAUGGGUACAGAGAGGAUGAUGAUGAUGAUUUGAUGAUUGAUGAUGGUCCAACUACAAGUAGACACCACAUUCACCACCAUCAGAUCCAUCACGGCAUUCCAGGGUUUGACCACACCGUCCACCGCACAUUGUCUAAUGACUUCUAA